UGCUACGCGUUAGAAUAUUGGUGCAUAUUUAAACAUAAUUUGUAGCUGACUAAACGAGCUGCACCCGACCGAAGAGCUCCGAAAUACCUUCUCCAAUAUCCUUAACAAAAUUAAUAACCCACAGUGCAUAUUUUUGGUUUAACAACAAACAACUUUGGAAUAAUAUAUUUUUAUUCAAUUUUUAUUACACAAAAGAAAGAAUGACCGUGAUGACUGGACCUAAUUUUGCACCCCAUUCAUGGGGUGGGCAUGGAGGAGGUUUUGGCAAUCAGACUGUGGUGGACAAAGCAUUGCCAGAUAUGCUUCACUUAAUUGACCCUUACUGGUAUCAUUUUCCUCCAAUGAAUCCAUUGUGGUACGGCAUUUUGGGUUUUGUUAUUGGAUGUUUGGGAUUUGUGUCAUUUGUUGGAAAUGGAAUGGUCAUCUUUAUAUUCAGCACUACAAAAUCUCUUCGAACACCCAGUAAUCUUUUUGUCAUCAAUUUGGCUUUUUCAGAUUUUUGCAUGAUGUUAUGCAUGUGUCCAGCUAUGGUGAUAAGCUGUUAUUAUGAGACAUGGGUAUUAGGACCAUUUAUGUGUGAACUUUACGCGAUGACUGGAUCCUUGUUUGGAUGUGCCUCCAUUUGGACGAUGACAAUGAUUUCCUUUGACAGGUACAAUGUUAUUGUCAAAGGAUUGGCCGGUAAACCAUUAACUAUCAGUGGAGCAAUUCUUCGGAUAAUGGGCCUUUGGAUUUGGGCUGUUGUAUGGACUAUCUUCCCAAUGUUAGGAUGGAACCGUUAUAUACCAGAAGGAAACUUAACAGCAUGUGGAACAGAUUAUCUAAAUCAAGAUUGGUUCUCCAGGUCUUACAUCCUUGUGUACAGUUGUUUCGUAUACUUUAUGCCACUUUUCUUAAUUAUAUACAGCUACUACUUCAUCAUUGCAGCUGUAUCAGCUCAUGAAAAAACAAUGCGCGAGCAAGCUAAGAAAAUGAAUGUUGCUUCCCUUCGAUCUGCUGAAAAUCAAAGUGCAAGUGCUGAACAUAAACUCGCUAAAGUAGCAUUAAUGACCAUUUCAUUGUGGUUUAUGGCAUGGACACCAUAUUUAGUUAUCAAUUAUGCUGGCAUUUUCCAAACAGUGAGAUUAACGCCAUUAUUCACAAUUUGGGGAGCUGUUUUCGCUAAAGCAAAUGCAGUCUAUAACCCAAUUGUAUAUGGCAUCAGCCAUCCAAAGUACCGAGCAGCUCUUUUCCAGAGAUUCCCAUCUCUUGCUUGUGCAAGUGAACCAGCUGGUGGAGAUGCCGUUUCAACAACUUCUGGUGUUACAACUGUGGCAGAUGGAGAAAAAGCUGCUGCAUAAAUAAUACACAUGACGAGGAGUUACAAAACGUAACAUUUAAAAUCAAACAAGAAAAAUCUGUGCGCGAGUGGGAAAAAUUGGCGUUACAUCUCAAAUAAUUUAUACUUUUGACUAAUCAGAAAACAUUUAAAUUUGUCAAUUGGAAAUAAUUAACACUUGCUUUAAAAACAUGUGCCAAUUGUAAAUAUUAAUCACAUUUAAGAUGUUUGAACAUGAAAAGCGAGUAAAAUUCAAUUAAUUUGUUACAUUCUGCCAAGAAAACUAAAAAAUUUUGCAAUUAGAAACAGUAAUUCAGUUUGGAGGAAAAAAUUUACAUACAUUUAAAAACUAUUUCCUUUCAUUUAAAAUUUUGAUAAUAAAUUUAAUAUAAUGUUAAAUAAUUUUUUAAAAUAAAGAAUUUUUAGGAAAUAUAAAAAUAAAAUAAUUUUAAAAGAAAGGAAUCUUCUUAGUUUACUGGUGUAUAUUGCUUGCAUACAGAAUGAAUAUUUUUUUCAAUUGAACUAUCAUUAAUUUUAUGAUACGUUUUUACACCACAACUCGUGUCAUUUACAAAUAAUGACUAGGUCAAUUCAAUAAAACAAUCAUUUAUUUGUGUAGUAUUUAAUAUAAAUUCCAGUUUACAAGGAAAAACACUGAACUUCUGUUAAGUUAUUUUAAAACAUCUGGUGAUAUUGUAAUAUCUGUACCUAAUUUUGUAAGUCUAAUAAACCCUUUAAGCUAUAAUAAAA